ACGCACGUGCGUAAAAUACAGUCAAGGAAGCUCACAUGACUGACUUCAGCUCGCGCUGGGGUUUGACGCUCAUGCUUAAAAAACGUUAUGUAGGAAGUCAGCUCGCUAGUGUUUGAGACACGACCGCCGUUUAUAGGGUCAUCGCGCUCUCAGAGCUCGCGCAGUUCACGCGGUGAUUUCCUCCCUCCACAUCAGCUUCUCUCGACACAGAUGACAAACUCUCUCAUUGCUCUUCUCUGUCUGAUGUUUUAAUAUUCGCCUCGCGACAUCGGUAUAACGUUUCUUCUGCGGUUCACGCGCCACAAAUCCGUUGACGAGCGGGAUAUGAGAGGACGUCGGAAGGACGCGUUUGAAUGUUUUCUGUGGAUUUGAGUUCAUCGGAGCGCGUGUUUGACAAGGAAACAAAGCGACAUUUCUGGACGUGAUGCCCACAUGCCUUCGCGUCCUCCUGGAGCGCAUCCUGUUGUGAAGACAUCUGUAAUGAAUCAGUUAUCCAAACAAACACACGGAUGUCAUUGUCAAUCCACUGCUUUUAAAAACUGAAGAUUCCUUUCAAAACAUGCAGCAACGAAAAUGGUUGCUUGGUUUGGUUUGACUGGGUGUUGUGAUGCUUUCUUUAUCAGUGAUGUUCCUCCAGGAUCCGGCUGUUUCGUCUGUUCCUUUUUCACUGGAGAACGUCUGAAUUCCUGGUUCACUUUUCCAGCCUGUUUUGGGGGUCAAUGACAGGCAACAUGCAUCUAGGAGGAGAGGAGCCCAUCAGAGAGUGCCAGUACAAUCAGAUUUGUACACACAACUCCUUGCCUAUAGAGACCCCUCACACCAGAAAGAAGAUCAAAAGGAAGUGGCAGGCCUUUCCUGGCCGAAAUAAGUUUUAUUGCAACGGGAGGAUUAUGAUGGCAAAGCAGACGGGGGUUUUCUACCUUACCAUGGUUCUCAUCUUGGUGACUAGUGGCCUCUUCUUUGCUUUUGACUGUCCGUUUCUGGCGUCAAACCUGACUCCAGCCAUUCCGGCCAUCGGAGGAGUGCUCUUCUUCUUUGUGAUGGGAAUGCUGCUCCGUGCGAGUUUUAGCGACCCGGGCGUCCUGCCCAGGGCCACACCAGAGGAAGCGGCGGACAUAGAGAGACAGAUAGAUGCAGCCAACGGGCCGAGCGGUCCAGGCUACAGACCGCCACCCAGAACAAGAGAAGUGACGAUUAACGGUCAAACAGUCAAGCUAAAAUACUGUUUCACCUGCAAGAUCUUCCGACCACCGCGGGCUUCACACUGCAGCCUGUGUGACAACUGCGUGGAGAGAUUCGAUCAUCACUGCCCGUGGGUGGGCAACUGCGUGGGAAGGAGGAACUAUCGUUUCUUCUACCUGUUUAUUCUGUCUCUAUCCUUCCUCACCAUUUUCAUCUUUGCCUUCGUCAUUACACACGUCAUACUGAGAUCCAACAGGACUGGCUUUCUCAGCGCUCUCAAAGACAGCCCAGCUAGUGUUCUGGAAGUGGUGGUGUGUUUUUUCUCCGUCUGGUCCAUCGUAGGUCUGUCAGGAUUUCACACUUACCUGAUCAGCUCCAACCAGACCACCAAUGAAGAUAUCAAAGGUUCAUGGUCAUCCAAACGAGGCAAAGGCAACUACAACCCCUACAGCUACGGAAACUUCAUCACUAACUGCUGCGCGGCGCUGUGUGGACCUCUGCCGCCGAGUUUGGUUGACAGGAGAGGGUUUGUUCAGCCAGAUACCCCGCAGCCUGUGGCCCAGACGAACGGUACCAGCGCCUGUCCCUCCAAUCAGGUUCAGAGUCAUAUGUGUGCUCAAGACCAGUGCAUUCAGAGCACCAAAUUCGUUUUGCAGGCCGCCACCAACCCGCUUCUCCACAGUCAGCCCGUGGUUCUGAGCGGGGGUCCCACCCUUCAACCCAAGACCCCGUUGGGAGGCCCGUGUUCCACUCUGGGCCCCUCUCAGCCCACGCUGCCCUCCUCCAUCCCCGGCCUCAACUGCGGAGGAGAGCUGAUGGCCCUGCGGGACUCAGAGAUGCACUGCCACCAUCACCUGCAUCAUCAACACUUCAUCAGUCCAGAGGAGACGCCCUCCCCACCUGCAGCCCUGCCCUGCGCCACGCACCUGGGCCACCACAUCCACCCGGCACAGCUCUUCAACCCCGUCAGCCAAGACUCGCUCCAUGAAGAUUCUGUGCGGGGUUUGGUGAAGCUCAGCUCAGUGUGAACAGUGUGUUUUAAAUGGUGCCGAACUGAACCGAAAGCCAUAUAUGUACAGCAGCCUCUGGUGGGCCUUUCUAAUACUUUGUGGGGAGACAGCAGCACUUACUGAUGUCUUGAGGACUAAGCGAGGACCAAAGCAAGUCUUCCAGCUCCGGUAUCACAUAACCAAGCUGUUUUACAGAAGCAGCUUCACUAAUGGAACGCAUUAGUGACCGGACACUUUUUCAGUGGUUUUCUGAAAGUAUUUUUCCUGUUCACCUUCUCCAUUGGAAUUUCAAGCCAAAGUGUAUAUGAAGGUAUUAGGUUUAUGAUGAUAUAUUAUGAUUUCAUGCAUGAAUUUGGGUGUUAAAGGGAUAGUUCACCCAAAACUGCCGUCGUUUUCUCACGCUCAAGUUAUUCCAAAUAUCUAUAAAGUUCUUUGUUUUGCUGAACACAAAGAUCUUUGAAAGAAUGUUUAUAAACAAACUUGACUACCAUAGUACAUAAAAAUACUUCGUGUUCUGUUGAACAGAAAUUAAGAUACUUUGAAAAUUGUAUGAAGGCAAACAGUUCUUGGGGAAUAUUGACAACCAAUGUCAUUUUACCUACUAUAGUAGUCAAUGGUGCCCCAGAUCUGUUUGGUUACAAACAUUUGCUUAAUUGAACAAAAUAAUUUAUAAAGAUUGGAAACAACUCGAGGGUGAGUAAAUGAUGAAAGAACUUUAAUUUUUGUGUGGAGUAUCCCUUUAAACGAAAUAUUUUAAAGCAAAUUCUAAUCACGUGUUCCAUGAAUUGUGGCACACUGUAUAUAACGGUAUAUAUGACUUAGAAACCCACUGUCUAUUUUUUUUAUCUGUUUAUUAUACAUUAUUUCUGUAUGGAGAACAUGAACGGGAUUUUUACAUGUGGAACCUACUGGUGUACACUAUAGGCGGUGGACGCAAGGCGGGCGUCUUUCACAAGAUGUCAUUCAGCCCACAGGUGGGAUUAUUUGUAUGGACAUUGUUCCUAUGUGACUCAUACUAUAUCUCUUCAUUUGUGGUCUUCGAACAUUACCUGAGCUGUUGGGACAUCAGAGAAUCACACCAACGAUUGUUUGUACAGCCUGUGAUUGGAGUUUGGUCACAUAAUGGAAGAGACUAUAAUGCAACGUCACUGCCAUCUGUCUCUGGGGUUCUGUGGACAACUUCAGUGGUAUUAUCUAUGAUAAUGAUGCUUUCGUUAAAUAUUUGGGUUUUUCUUGCAUCCGAUUUGAACCAGGUGCCAACACAUUAUGGUGAUAUGUGAUUGUGCCAAAAAAAGCAGUUUACUGUUUUUUCGCAAAGGCGGAAUAUUGUGGAUGUUAAUAAAUUCACAGUUUCUUAAAGAA